UGGCACUAGUUUUCCUAAUAAGUAUUCCAAAAGCAUAAUAACGAUGCCCGCUGCAUUCUUCUGUACACUUUUUGUUGGCCUUCUGGCUUCUUUCCGCCUGGCUGACAGUGCCGUGUCCUGCGGUACCCCACAGAUAUCUCCCCGCUCCGAGAUGUCACGAGUCAAAGGUGGUAGCGACGCGAUUGCCGGUAGUUGGCCCUGGCAGAUCCGUCUCGGUGUCCGUUAUCCCAACGGCCAGGUGUCGUGGAUCUGUGGAGGCAGCAUUCUCACCGAGAAAUAUGUGGUGACCGCGGCACAUUGCUUGCUUGAUGGUGUGAAUGGCCAAUACGUGGUGCGUGCCGGUGAUCACGAUCAGAGCCGCGUAGAAGCCAGUCAAGUGGAUCAUACUGUGCUGCGCGUAGGGCGCCACCCGCAAUACGGCGGCGAGCGGACCUUCGUCAACGACAUUGCCAUUCUCCGUUUGGCGACCAAUUUGACAUUUAAAGCCCAAGUCAGCCCGGUGUGCAUUCCGUCGACGUGUCAGGAUGUGGCCCAGGGAACGAACUGCAUGGUGACGGGAUGGGGCGGAUCCGGACCCAUCGGGAAUAUGAAUAAACCGCUACUGCAACAGGGGAGGGUCCAGAUUAUUGGACGGGAACAGUGCGCGCGGCGGUACUGGGGCGGCAUGGUCACCGGGGCGGUGCAAGUGUGUGCCGGGACGCCGACGCUGACAACCGAUGCUUGCAAGGGUGACAGCGGCGGUCCGUUGGUGUGUCAAGACCCCGCCAGCCGGAAAUGGGUUCUACAUGGCAUUGUCAGUUUUGGAGCUGGUUGUACCAGUAACAAGCCCGCCGUCUACACGAGAGUGUCUGGACUGCUUGACUGGAUAAAAACGACAACCGGCAAUACCGCUAUGGUUUAACUCAAUCCAUAUGCCAAUGCUGUGCGAAUUUUUCCAUCCAUGGAACCAGAAACGCCACACUGCAAAAAAUUCUAUAAUUACUUAUAUAAAAUGCUAAGUUCGACUGUACGGAAAUCGUUUAUACUUUCCUAAUUGUUAUGUCGUUGUCGCUCUAAAGGGUUGUACUCUCUGUACAUCUUAUCGUUAAUAUUAUUAUUCUGUGAUACUACUUUAAAGUUUACCAUAAAGUUAGAUGUCUAA